ACAUGAAUAAAAUGAUCAAUUUAAUGGUCCUGCAACACAAUUUUUUUCUUUGGGAGUUGAUGAAAUUUCUAAAUGCAUACAAUCCCAACUCAUGGUCCACUCGAUUUAGCACUUUUAGGACUUCUUGUUCACGUGGGCCCAAAAGCCAAGCUAGCAAGUGGACACUGAGUGUUUUGCCUUGGUCAUUUUUGUUGUUAAUAUAACAUUUUUGGUUAUCAAGGCAAUACUUUACCAUUCUGCUGCUUCCACCUGCUUCUCAGAUGUUUCCCAACAUUCAACUUCAGUGUGUCCAUGAGCUUUGAUUGCUUUACUAUAUAAUUGGGCAGGAGGAGCAGCAGGCAAAUUCCAAAAACUGAAGAGACAGAGACAAAUCCAAAACACACAGCAAAGGCAACACGAGAGAAUGGAAGCUUACUGAUGAGCAGACAAGAUAAAAUCGCACUGACAUGAGGGGAGACGAAGAUAAAAGGAGGGCAGGAUGAGUGAAACAGGUGGUUGCAAUCAGGGCCGUGGACAGGUAUUUACAGGUGCAUCUCAAUAAAUUAGAGUAUUAUAGAAAAGUUUAUCUAUGUAAGUAAUUCAAUUAAAAAGGUGGAAAUAACACAUUAUAGAUAUCCAUUUCACACAGAAUUAAUUAUUUCAUGUCUUAAUUUAUUUAAUUUCUUCUAAUUAUAAUGAUUAUGGCUUACAUUUAAUGAAGACCUAAAAUUCAGUGUCAAAAAAUUUGAACAUUAGAAAAGACCAAUUUUAAAAAGUAUGUUCAAUAUGGAAUUGUUGGCCUCUGUAAAGUAUGUCCAUCUAUAUGCACUCAAUAAUUGUUUGGGACUAUUUGAUUUGAACCACUGGAAAUUGACUUUUCAAUCAUAUUCUAAUGUACCUGUCUACCUGUACACAGGGUGGGAAACACAUAAGAGGGCAGGAAGGGACUGAAGGUGGUUGAUUUAACUCAAUGAAAGUAAAAAAUUCUAAUCAUAUUUUAGAAUUUUUGGGGGGCAAUUUUUGACAUAGUUUGUACAAUAUUUGAGUAAGGUAACAAGAGGGAGUUUUUUAAAGGUAAAAUUUUUCUUUUAUACACUAACAUGUGAAACAAGAAACCUACUGAUACUGACAGCAAAAAAUAAAAUAAAAUAAAAGCAUUUUUGACAGAAGUACACCAGAACAAUACAGACUUUCUCUGCCCUAUCAGACUGACAUUUUGAUCCCGCACAUGGUGCUGCUGGCACUGACAUGGGACCGAGCGACGUGACCAUAUUGACAUACUGGCUGUCGUCUUUAAGGAGUCUGUAAGAAAAUGUUGUGUCUCCACGGAGAGGACACUCUCCUCCAGCUGUGGGAGUUCUCGAGGCUGAUGUAAUCAUCUGACCUUUUGGGAUUAUCCAGUCGAAAAUCACCCUUCAUCCAGCCAAUCAGCUGCCAGUUCAUAACAUCUGUCCUUGGUGUAACAGGAAAAAGAGUCUGGAAGCGUCACAAACACAAAGCUUGCACACAGCCCACAUUACAUGACAUCAAAUCCCAUCAUCUACUGUAUGAGUGUGUGUUUUUAUGUGUGUUUCUAUUUGCUUGUGCUUGUUAUUGAUGGCGGUAUUGAACAAAGGCUUUUAAGCUGCAGUUGUCAGAGAUUGUUCCAAGACAAUCCAUUACUACCUUUCAUUGUCAACUAAUUUAUAUCAAAGUGAUUCAUGUAUAAAAAACAAAACAUAAACCACUGUUGCCCUUUUGUAUUGCGUGUGAUUGGCGUUCUAUUGGUUAUGCAACCCAGUGUUUUUUGGUUAUCCUGAUUCCCAGCGUGCUGACAUAAUAAGCAGAGCAAAAUCACCCUGCAACCUUGUCAUCAGGCCAAACCGCAGAUCAAUUGUUCCUCUAACAGUAGAUUACCACUGAUUCAUCUCUUUUUUAGACCUUUGUCCCUUCCACUGCAUGUCUGGUUUUCCACCCCUGGUUGGCCCGAAGGUCCCUAAGGCUAACCACUAGCAAGAAACGAAUCAAUAAGCUUUCAUUACACAAAACUGUCUGGUCUGCACCGUGCAUUAGGGCAAGGCCAAAAUAUGCAGGCAGAAAUAUUUGAUUAUUCUGAUUUUCAGCCAUGCUAGCAUGGCAAUGUCAGUUGGUCCCUGCUUUGGUUCAUCAUGAAAUAUCAACAACUAUUGGCUGAUCUGGCAGGAAAUUUUGUCCAAAAACAUUAUGGUAAAAUGUUUUAUUUGCACAAUACUUUACACCAAGAUUAUUGUGAAACUAAUCCCUAUAAAUAGAUUUUGAAUAUGACAAUCUGUAGGCAGCUGGACCAUAUUUUAGUGUGGAAAGCCUUCUGGUUUCUGUUUUUAGUCUGUUUGUAGUCAGUCAGUAUUAUUGACCAAUCGUGUUUCAGCGAGCUUUUAUUAGCUUCACUAACUCAGCUAAAUCAGCUACUUGUGAAACAAUCUGGUCAUAAUCUCUCAACUCCAACUCCACUGUCAUGUCUCAAGUGGCUUAUCAGACUAUAAACAAUGACUGGUGCAUGGAAGAAAAUGUCUUGGCCUGGAUAUCUGUCUUCCCUUAUCUGGAUAUCAAGAUACUUUAGGUGUACAGAGUUGUCAUCAGCUGGUUUUAUCUGUAUCUGUACUCGUUCAGCCAACAAAAUGAUCUAUACCUGUGUCUGUAAUCAGAUAGAAGGCCAGAAGUGGGCAUUGCUUGUAUCAGAAGUCACAUUAAAAUGGGCAAAUAUUGUAUUUUGUAACCUAAUAUUCAUUGGCAAUGCAAUGUUUGUGCCUUCAAAGCAUCAAAUUGAUUUAAUAAGGGCAUAUAAUUAAUUACAAGUUACUGUAUUUAAAAAAAAUUCUAAGAAACAUAAUGCUGACAAACAGACAAACAUGUCAAUCAUGUAUUUUUUCCUCAAAUAAAUACAGGCAACUUAGGAAAGAAAAAAAUGACCUGUUUAUGUCACAUUAUCUGUGCUAUCCCAAAUAACGUAUUUAGAUUCCGGUACAUCCCUAGUGGCUACACUGGGGACCCAGAAAUAUUCCCCACCAUGUUGAAAUGUCUUCAAAUGCUGAUGGGUUCUGGGGUUGUUGCAUACUUACCAUUCCCCCAGGAAUUAACCAUUUUUGUUAACCAUUUUUGUUUUGUUUACUUCAAAUGAAUGCAUUCAAAUACACCAUUCUAAUAACUGAACUGAUAACAUUCUUUGUCUCCUCUGUUCACAGAAAAUGAAUGAUGAGAAGGCAGCGCUGAUAACGAAUGCAAGACAGACCUGAGCUCAUACUGCCUCCCUGUCCAGAAACAGUACUUUAAUGGUUGGAACUGCCCGCCCCAACCUACAUUACUGCCCUCGCAGACACAGCCUGAUGAUCACCGGUGCCAUGGGAGCGGUGCGAGUCAACAGAUACAGCAUCGUUUCUACAGAUGAAGAUACCCUGAAGAUCUCCAACCUGGGCCUCCACAAUGGCCACAGUCCUCUGACACAGCAGACGCUGUCGGGUGUGUGCAUGCGAGGUGAAGAGGAAGUAGGAGGAGAGUGUCCAGGAAGUGAUGAAGGACGAGGGACUUUGUCUCUGAGAGUGACCAAUGAGCCCGUCAUCCACAACAGCUGCCGAGCUUCACCUUCCUGUCGUCUGGGUCUGGAUCUAAGCACCGGCCGCCUGCGCAGCCGCUUCGUGAAGAAGAACGGCCAGUGCAAUGUGGUGUUCAACAACAUGGAGGAUAAGCCACGGCGAUACCUGGCUGACAUCUUCACCACUUGUGUGGACAUACGCUGGCGCUACCUGCUGCUCAUCUUCACCACUACCUUCCUUCUGUCCUGGCUGGUGUUCGGCCUGAUCUUCUGGGGUGUGGCGCUCGCUCACGGAGACUUUAAGCUUCACACUCCUGUGAAAGAAGAGGAUCCUAAAAGCGAUGAAAAGGACGAAUGGCGGCCAUGUAUUCUCCACAUCCAGGGUUUCAUUGGGGCGUUCCUCUUUUCUAUAGAGACCCAGACCACCAUCGGAUACGGCUUCCGGUGUGUCACUGAAGAGUGUCCGGUGGCUGUGGCCACUGUGGUGGUCCAGUCCAUCGUGGGCUGCAUUAUUGACUCCUUCAUGAUCGGCACCAUCAUGGCAAAGAUGGUGCGUCCCAAGAAGCGGGCGCAGACCUUGUUGUUCUCGCAUCAUGCCGUCAUUGCUAUGCGAGAUGGAAAGCUAUGCCUCAUGUGGCGCCUGGGAAACAUGCGCAAGAGCCACAUUGUCGAAGCACACGUACGCGCUCAGCUCAUUAGGCCGCAUGUGACGGCGGAGGGCGAGUACCUCCCGUUGGAGCAAACAGACAUUGACGUCGGGUAUGACGACGGGCUGGAUCGACUGUUUCUGGUGUCACCGCUGGUGGUUGUCCAUGAGAUCAACAAGAACAGUCCUCUUUUUAACCUGAGCCGCGCCAACCUGCUCAAGGAAGACUUUGAGAUAGUGGUCAUCCUGGAGGGGAUGGUGGAGGCCACAGCUAUGACCACGCAGGCCCGUAGCUCCUACUUGGCCAAGGAGAUCCUGUGGGGUCACCGAUUUGAGCCUGUGGUCUUCGAGAAGGGUGACCGCUACCACGUGGACUACUCCCGCUUCCAUAAGUCCUACGAAGUGCCAUCUACGCCUCACUGCAGUGCCAGGGAACUGAGUCAGAUGAUGGGUCGUGGCGAGCAGUCCUCAUCCUCCAGCUCUAGUUUCUCCCGGUCUCCGUCACCAUUUGCCCCGAGGGCAGCCCGCCACCUCCUGGGCCCUCACUCCCCCAGCGCUUUCUGCUACGAGAACGAGGUAGCUUUGUGCUGCGGGGACGACGAGGACGAGGACGAUGUGAAAGAGGAGGCCGGGAGCCUGAACAUAAGGAGUGACAGAGAUGACAUUCACUUGGGUUUCAAAGAGACAUUUGUGGAGCAGCAGACGGUGGAGAUGCUAUGUGUUCUGGACACAGAGAAUCAGAUCAGCCUUGACAGACUACAGCCCACCCUACCUUUAUACAUCAGCAGAGAGUCAGGAGUUUAAUCAAUGGUAAUGGCCGCCCUUCCAUUUGUCUCCUCUUUUGUCUGUGUGCAUCCAACCAAAGUAUUGAACUAGUGUAAAAAAUAAAAAAGUGGAGAACACAAUUUAAAUUGUACAUCUGGAGGAGGAGAAGGUUAUUUUUUGCAGCUCUGGUUUCAGGUAUUGUACACUUUCAGUUGUGACAUCAGCAUCGAAACAACGCACAGCUCAUCUGCUUUUAAACAUGGUGACCGGGUAUUUCUCUCACAUCACGAGGAAUGUCAAAACACUUUAUUGCUUCCUUGUUUCAUUCAAUUUGAUGGUGCGUGAUCUACAGUUAAGUCAAGCUUUUUGUUCUUGAUUUCCAUGUAGUUUUUUUGUAAAUAUAAUAUGCUUUUCUUUUAAUUUCUAAAUGAUUAUACAUAUACAAGAUACAAAAAAAAUAAUAUUUAUUUUAAAGGAAGCAUGACACAAAUGUUCAACUUCAACACGCUUAUUUUCUCUGUGUAAAAAUAAAUAAUUUCUGUAUUUUGAACUUCUGUCUUCCUGCCUGUUACUUUUCACAUUUCAUAAAUAAGCCAUUUAUUCCAUGAUAGACAACAAGUUCAAAUCAAUUGAUUGAAACACAUUUUAAACAUGUACAGUUGAAGAACAAGCACUUUAUUCAUACUUUUAUCAUUAGAUACAAACACUUUGCAACAGUGUGUUGUUUUGUAUUAACAAAGCACCUAAUAAACAACAGCACGUACUGUUAACGCUUGAACUGUCUCUGUUGAGUCUCUAUUGCGCUUUUUUAUACUGAAGAGAGAAAACUGAAAGAACCGAAGAGUUGUUGGUGAGUUCAGUCAGAGGCUGAGCUGAACACAAACACACAGGCAGUCAGUCUGUUGGUACCUUCCAGAUAACAUCUGUACAGUUGGUGUACCAGCUGUUUGGGGUAAACAAACACAAAAUUAUAGCAGUCACAUUUGUACAAAUGACACAAGGCAAAAAAAAUUGCUGUCUGUCUGCAAAGUACGGUAAGAGCCCUGAAAACCUUCUCAAUCAACAUCUCACUAUGAAUGAUUUGGUCCUUUAUAAAAACAAUAUUUCCUGCCUCAGUUAGAGUAGAUUUGUUUAUGCUUGUUUGAAUGUUCUUCUCACUAGUUUGAAGUAGGCGGGGCACAGUUGGGUAAAGAUGAUGUCACAUACUACCGUGCACCAAUCAGAAUUCAGCACAAUAGAAUCAGACUCUGAUGACAGCAGUGAUGAAUGAGGCAUGACUGAAUUGUUGGAAACAAACAACUCUUUUUACUGACUCAGGAGUCAUAAGUCGUCCUCUCCGCUAACUCGCCCCUCCCACCAGCUGUCAGUCUUAGUGUGUACUGGGAGGACGAAGCUGUUGUGCAACUCUUAUUUGUGGAAGUGUAUCAAGUUAAUGACUGUAUUACCUAACCCUGUGAGAAAAGCAACGACAUUGGCGCUUGUUUCAACACGACCUCACGGCCCAGAGCCUGCACACAAUCAUGGGAAAAGGAGCACAAUAUAAAACAGUGGAUAAUUUGUUUUUUAGUGUCACAACUCCUGCAAAAAUGACUUGUGUCACUGUCAAGAUUUGGUCCUGUAACAUUUUGAAAUCUAGAAGAGCUGCAAAAUUAAAUGAUUUUAUCCCAAACCAAAUGAGCGGAGGGCUAAAACAGAAAUUAUCUUGCUUCAUGGGUGCUGUGGUCGGAGAAAGAUUUCACCAAGCUUAAGUGACAUGAAAGCCUGACUCCUUAAAUGAAUGCCUCAUACAAAAUCAGGUCAAUAAAAAGAGUUGAACCUCCCAUCCGUUGGUGGGCUGUUUGGUCAGUGACGAUCAAAUCUGAACACACCUGAACAGACGAAAUCUUUUUUUUAAGCAUUCAAUUCCUAAUAAACAUUCAAACAUUUUUUUCUCUUACUGUAUUUAUUUAGUCAUGAAUAUUUUUAAGGUGAUUUUUUUCAGGGAUUUUUACCCGUAUUACCCUGAGACAGGAAGCAAGGUGGGUUUGAGAGUGGUACAUUUGUGUAACCUAUUUUAUUGAGUGGACUGAAUCAUAAUGGUCCCGAUAUAUUUAAGUUGCAGUCACAGUGAGCGGAAUAAAGAGUAUUUUGGGGGCACAUGCACCUCUGUUUUGUUAUUUUAUAUUCAAUGUGAGUAUAGGCAUAACUCGUUUACAUUUGCAACAAGGGUUCCCAGCCAGAGUCGAACCGUUAAAUUUACUAUUGCAUGCACUGUAAACAUUCAACUACCAGGACACUCUUUAAGUUAUAUAUUUUUAAUGUCAAGUCAAGUCAAAUUUAUGUUUAAAGCACAUUUUACUCACAACAGUAAAAACACAGGAAAUUCACUGUGACAGUAGUAACAUUAGUCAACAAACUCAUCAACAGGCUCAUCAAGCCCUAUCAGAGAACGCUAAUGCAUAAAAGUGAGUGUUGUGAAACCUUCAAUUAACAACAAUUAACAAAGUUAUUUUUAAAAACAUUUUUAUUUUAAAUGAAAGUAGGUUGUUUGUAACCAUCGUAGAGAAAAACCCUGGGGUGCUUAAACAUGUGAAUGUGACCACAGAAACAAACUACAACCUGCAUCAUACAGACAAACUGAGCAAAGAGGGAUAAAAAGGUGAGAGGAUUUGGGAGGACUGAACUAGAAGUGGGGACAGAGGGAGAGACACCAUGAGGAGGCACUGAAGUCCAUCUAUACUGUGACUGUUUCUGGCUGUUGUACAAGCUCCCUCAUGUGGCUGAACUGUGACACUACAGUCAACAAGUAGUGAUCACUUUUCAAUGUGGGGUUGCUGGUUUUGGGUCUUCUGCCGUGUAACAAAACCAGUAUCAGCACGUUUAAAAUAUGAAUACCAAUUUCACGAACUGUUCCUUGAUGUUGUGUUGGUUUAUGGGUACUUUGAGUACUUUAGGACCUGCAGGUCGGAGCCUCUUCAAGUGGUAACAGGAUGCUAUGCUUGAAUAGGGAAAGG